GCUCACCCUUACAAUGAUAUUAAACCUUCCAUUUAUACUAAUGGAGAGCAUGGACUGUUCUAUGCUGAUUGGCCGUUGUGCCACCGACUUGAUCAUCCAUGCUUCCACUUGAUGAUGUUACAAUCUGGCAUUAAAUGCACCUGGCCACUUGCUGGUUAUCCGUUGCUCGAACAGGAUGCUGGACCAUGCGGAAGACGCUGUCAAAUUGGCCCAAGUAUGAUGUAUGAUCCGAACUUCGUUCGGUAUUUCUGCUUUCUGGACCGGUCUCUACUUGGACCGAACCUCGUUCGGAAUGGAUUCUUCACUGGGCCUACUCAUCAUAGGGUAGCGGACUCGUUGUUUGGGCUGGAUAUACUGGGCCUUUUUAAUCCGGGUAUUGGGCCUCCGGGUCAAUAUCCCAACACAAGUCCCCCACUUCCGAUGUCUCGAAUGACAAUGAGUGCAUUAGGAAGUAUAAACACCAAUGUUGCAACUGCCGAAUAGCGAUCGGGGUACAGAAGUGGUUAGUUUCCCAUACUGUGAUUUGACGGCUGUCGUUUUAGUUUCCCCAUAUUCGUCAUGUUUGUUGAUCUUUGCUCUUCCAUGUGACACGUAUUAUUUCAAAUAAUCUCAGUGACGUGUCUCUAUUUGAUUGGUUUUUGAUACGGCGUCUGUAAGGCUAUAAAUUAGCCUUUAACUUCUCAAAUCUGGGUUUCGAAUUUUCAAUCUUAUUUGUGCUUUUACUCUGCCUCUUCUUUUCAAAUCUUUCAAAUUUUUCGUGCCCAGGUACUUCUCAUUCCUUUGAAUCUUUCUCUCCUUUGGUUCGAUCGUUAUGAAUUCUCAACGGUGUUCCGAUUCGGAAAUGGCUUCCCAAGUGGAAGACCGUGAUGUGGAGAUUAUCACCGUCCCUUUUGAUGAGGGCUCCAAGGUGGCGACGACGAAGAUUAGGGCGGAGACGGAUGAUUCCUCCGGCAAUUCUUCUUCCUCCAGUGAAGAUUCCGAUGACACCAAGUCUGAAGAUGAACUGACUUCCAUGGCGGCCGAACGUCCCAAGGAUUUCCCCCGUCAUACGCUUGACCUAAGAUUGAUUAGGGAGAGGCGGCAAAAACUGACUUCCCAUUAUAGGGCCAAAAUUCCGGCCCUAAUCCCAGAUCCAGUGAACUUCCGAUUGCGAGCUGAGUUUCACCCAAUGCGCCAUACCCCUGGGAUGGUUGUAGUCCAUUUUGAUUCAAUUAGGGCCGGACUUAGGUUUCCGCUAUAUUCUUUUUUCGUUUCAUUUUUUAAUUUCUACGAAAUUGUACCGGCCCAAAUCAUGUCGAACUCCUACCGGGCAAUGGCGGGCUUUAUUUGCCGUUGUAAAGAUGCUGGUGCCCGACCGACCCUAGAUUUAUUUCACCAAUUUUUUAAGGUAGCCCCUCAACAAACACACGGCUAUUUGGCCACUAGUGCCCGAACGGGACAUAUCCUGUUUAAGGGCAAUCCGACUUCAAUCAAGGGGUGGACAGAUCGGUUCUUCUUUGUGUCUGUCCCGGACGGCCUGAUUCCCCGCAAAUGGAAUGCCUUCCCCCGCAAAUCUCCCGAUCCAGUCCUUAAUGAGGAAAUUUACAAGGAUGUGCUCGCUGUGGAGAAAGACAAAUGUGUAGAUAUCAUGAGUUACCUGACUCCCGAUCGGCUAAUCGAAGCCGGGAUAGGUACUGCCCGUUCUCUUGGGUUUACUUGUUUUGAGAAUUCAAGUGGCAUGGUCCGGGCGGUCCUUCCCGUGCGAGAAACGUUCUCUUCUUUUUUGUUUCCCACGUGCUAAGGUCCGCUCGGUACUAACAUUUUCCUUUGUUAUUUUUUAGCUCUCAAUCCAGACGCACCUAUGGACAAUAGUAGAGUUCUUGCAGCUGGUGGGGUCGGCAAACGGAAGAAAGCCAGGAAGAACCCCCAACCCACUCCUUCCACUAUUACCGCUCAGGAUGCCGAGUCUUCUCAACCCGUUCCAGAGCCACAGCCACUGCAACAGGUCCAUCAGGACCAAUUUGAUGCCAUGCUGGUCGACGAUCGGUUCGGUUCUCAUCAGAUGCAUCAAUUCCCUGAGCACUUUCAGGCUGCUCAGGAGACUGGUCAGGGUACGGGUGAUAUGCAUACCGUCCAUCUAUCUGGCCAGGUCGAUCGGAUCUCACUGGCGGAUCUGGUUCAUGAAGUUGCAGAGAAAGGUGGAUGCUCGGCAAGUCAGAUUUGGUCUACCUCCGCUUUUUUCAACAAUUUCACUGUUCCCAAGCUGUCGGUCGAGCAAUCUGAGGAAUGCUUGGCCUUAGCAGCCCCGAAGGUACUUUACUUUUUCCCUAUAGUUUUCUCAUAGUUUAAAUUCUGUUUCACACCAUCUCAUUCCUCGAACGACAUUCUGCAGGUUGAGCUUUACAGUUUGCAACUGAAAGAGUCUCGACUGGCUAAAGAGCGGGACCUGAUCGUCGCUCAGACUUCUGCGGAGCAGAAUGCGGCUGCUGCCUUUGCCACUUUGGAGACCAAACGGAAGGCCUCCGCGGAGGAGAAGAGACGCCUUGAGUCAGAGCUUGGUGAACUCAGGGUUCAGCUCGGGGCCUUCCAAGCCAAAGUUCAUGCUGCUGAAGCUGCUUUGGUGAAGUUCGAAGAGAGCGCUCCCCGUAUCCUGGACGGCCCUGCUCUGAGGUGAAGGUUGAUCUGUCCGCCGUCCGGGAAGCAUUCAAAGGGUCUGAGGAGUUUGCUGCCCUGAAGAAAGAUUAUGCGCAGCAGGAACUUCCGUCCACCUUCAGUGCUUAUCUCGAACGAUUCUCCACGGGUGAUGUCCGCCGCAGCGAGGGGGUUAAAUUGCUCGAUCAGGAUCCAAGGGGCAAGAAAUUCAAUGACUCCCUGGCCCGAUCUCUUUAUAUCAUGGGCUGCCAGCAUAUCAUGGCCCCAUUUGUUGCUAAACUGCCAGAAAUGCUAGAGAGGCUGGUCGAGCUAUCUGAUCUUCCCCAGGCGUCCAUUGUUGAAGCCCAAUAUGAGAAAUAUCAACGAGAUUGCAACGGGCUGCUGAUCCUGAAGCGGGGAGAGAGCCUGAUCCCCCCACUGAUUCAGACGAGGAGGAAGGUGAUGAAGAAGACACUAGGGAGGGCCAGUAGAUUUAGAAUUUUGUUUCUUAUCAAUUGUAAUCCCUUCCCCCCUUCUCCUUUUUUGAAAUCCAUUAUUGUAUUUUCCGGCCGAUAGAGCCGAUGAAUACACAUCUUUUUUGCACAAAGCUUUUCAUAUUGCCUUUCUUGAUUUAUUGCUUACCAUUCGGGAUUCGGUACAUUUUUUAGGACUUAGCAGUUUUUUCUGGUCUCAGAUGGUUCCGACAAUUUACCAGGAUUUGGCCUUCCUCUUGUAUCGAUAGCCAUUCGGGCUUCAGAUAAUUUUGUAGGACUUAGUCGUUUUUUCUAGCCUCAGAUGGUUCCGACAAUUUACCAGGAUUUGGCUUUCCUCUUGUAUCGAUAGCCAUUCGGGCUUCAGAUAAUUUUGUAGGACUUAGUCGUUUAGUGAAUCUGUUGUUUAUGAUAUCCUCAUCUAUCCCACAUAACUGUAAAUAGAAAUCAUGUUCGGUUUAUCUUGUUGCCCUUAUCUUUCGAUUUCGUCCGAAUCCCGAAUUUUCCCCAUCCCGCCGAUCUUUAUCUGUUGUUCUUCAAAUAUCACCCGUUCGGGGUCUCCAAGGAUAUUUGCUUCAAAUUUAUGGUUUAUGCCGACUUUGGUUCGGGGAACGUGCUAAAAUAUCAUAAAUGUACCAUAAUUUCGUACAGCCAUAUUUCACCACGUGUCAUUCAUGGCUUAGGGUUUUGGGCGACAUCUUUGCUUAUAAGUAGAGGUGCUUCUUUUCCAUUUCUUCUGUUGCUUCCUUAAUUUUUCUCUCGUGUAUCUCUAAGCUUUCUCUCUCUAGAAUUCUCAGGAUUCCUCAAGUGGUUUUAUGUAUUUUCCUUCUAACUCAGAAUCUGAGGAAAUGCCGCUUAUUCGUGUGGGAAAAACUUCUGCUGUAAACAAGGCCGAAGGCUCUUCUUCCCAAGUACCUAAUUCCACUAAUCCUCUCAUAGGAAAAGAUGCCGAACAGCCUCGUGAUGACGGAUGCCUUUCGGGAGAUGAUGUACAGAUCUAUAACAAGGGAAUGCCCGAUCGGCCACCUCGCAUUGUCCUGCACUUCAACCGUAUUCGCAAACAGAAACAACGCCUUCCUGAAGAUGCCGAACGGCAACUUUGCCAACUAUUGCCUCCGCCUAGAGAAUUUUAUGCUGGAUUUAUCAGGCAUCCAAUGAGGCACCGACCGGGGCACGUGCUAGUGCAUCUUGAUGCAUUGAUUGUCGGGCUUCGCUUCCCUCUUCAUCCAUUUGUUGUGGAGUUCCUGCGUCGGGUCUCCGUACUUCCCGCUCAGUUCGUACCCAGCACCUACCGCAUUCUGACUAGCUUUAUAAUCCGAUGUCAGGAAUUGAGGAUCGCUCCAAGUGUUGAUUUAUUCCUACACCAUUACUGCUAUCAGCCUUAUUGGACGACUGGGUACCUGAAGCUGGUAGCCCGAGCUGAUCGUCAGUUAUUUACAGAUAAUCCUACUCCACCGGCUGACUGGGAGGAGCGAUUUCUAUUCGCUCGUAUAGGUAAUUCUCUCUCAUUUCCUGAUCGGUGGAACGCUUACCCAUUCGGGAUUCUCAGCCCAGAAUAGAUGUUGUUCUACGCUCCCAAACCGAAUCUCUACGUAUGGGAGGAACUCGGAGUCUUCGGGGUUUUAUUACCCCUUCAAAUAUGCUAUCUGCUGGGAUUGGUGUGAUAUCCCCUAUACGCGUUCGGCGUUCCAUAUCUGCCGCUACUCUGACAGCUUCCUCCGGUAAAGGCAAGGAGAAGGUGAUUGUUGAUCAUGCCUCUUCUGAGCAAACCCGGAAGAAACGUAGAGGGAAUGACGACAGCAUACUGAUCCCGGUCGAUCAUGUGGUUGAUUUGACUGGCCCGGAGGCUGAGCCAAAAAGAUCUGUGCCUACCAAACCGAAAACUCCGGUUCUUUCUGACAUGCCGGCCGACGAUCAGAUGUUCGCUGAGUUUUCAAACAUGGGGCCUAGAGCAGAAGGAAGGUACCUGUUCGGGCUAAUGCCAUCAUCCAUGUGGUGCAGUACUUCCCUGAAGGUUCCCCUUAGUUUCACAAACCUAACUCACUGGUCUGAUCUACUUGAAGCAGGUCAUCAAGAGGCACUCAAGGCCGGUGUAUAUUAUCACAAGGCUUUCCUGGCGGCCGAAAAGGAAAUGAAACUCCUGGCCAGCGAUCGGGACGAUAGCCAGGUCCUCCUUUCCGCCGCUCAGAAAUUAGCUGCAGAUCUGCAAGAACGCGCCAAUGAAGGCGAGAAGGCGAAGGCUGCUCUGGCUGCGAUGAAAGAGAGGACCUGACGUCGUGAUCGGGAAAUUAAAAAACUCCGGGCCAAGGUGCGGGCUGCUGAAUCUGUCGGGGUAAAAUUUAAUAAGGUCAAUGGUGACAAUCUUCCCGAGUUUUAUACCGCCAACAUUUCCCAGAUUGGCAAUCAAGCAAUAGUUGACUACCAACGGGGUAAAGGGCUGAAUGUCGCCCUGGAGAAUACGGCUCGGCAAUUCAUGGGACCUCAUCUUGGCCAAUUUUUGCGUGAAAGCGAAGAUCCGUUAAGGCAGGCAUCGAUCUCCUAGAUAGCACGCCCGAAGGGAAAUCUUUUCUAGAUGUGCUGACCGAGAAGACUGUGAAACAAAGUCAGGAUCUGCUUUUGGACAGGAACCUUGAUCUGAUCCUGGAGCAUUUCCCUAAGCCAUUCGAUCCUGAUGAGUUGGGAUUUGAUGAUCUGUUCGGGAAUACCUAUGAUCGGGUUAUGGAGAAGAGAAAAGAAGCAGUGCCUUAUGAUGCAGCGCAGGCAGGGAGCUCCCAACCUUUAUCUUCCUCGAACGGCGAUCCUUCAGCAGCGUAGCCUUGUAUAUUUAUUUUUCGCCUUUUCUUCUUUUUCUUUUGUAUCUUCCGGUUAGUAGUGCCGAAGAAUAAACUGGAUACUUUCCUUUAAGAGUGUUGAAGUAUUGCUCUUCUUUUUUUCUGAUUUUUGUCAUUUCUCUCGUUCAUAAUAAUUUCUGUGUUGCCGAACAUCACUCGGCUUAUUUAUCUCCAUAUUUCUGACAUUGUUUCCAAGCCGUUUUGAUCCCUCUGUUCGGUCGUAAGGCCAGGGUCAAAUUCUUUUAGCUGAAAUAAUGUCUUCCUCCAAACCGUUAAGACGUUCGUCAUUCGGUCAUCUUUCUGAAAGUUCAGAUUCUCCGGACGAUAAUCCAUGUUACCGAACGUCGCUCGCUUUGACAAUACUUGUUCUGACACCAUUCCCAAGCCGGUUUUGAUCCCUUUAUCGUUCGUGAUCCACGGGGUCAAAAAAUCUUUUAGUUGAGGUGAUUCCCUCCAAGCCAUUUUGAUCGUGAUCACAAGGUCAAAUUUUUAGCUGAGAUGACGGCUCCCUCCAAGCUGUUAACCUGUUCGUCAUUCGGUCAUCCGGAAUGAUCCCACGUGUUAACAAGCUGAGGUGAGACUCUCUCUCUUCCAAACCCAUAAUUCCGAUGCAUUCCGAACAAUUCUCUCUGGUUCGUAUCAUCCAUAUUAGGGGUCUGAGGUAACCCUUUUCAAACUGUAAGCAAGGUCACCGGAUCGGGUUAUUCCUUACUUAUAGCUAAAAGGGCGACUCGCUU